UGGGGGGCACAAGUAAAGCCUGGUGGCCCGCCAGGCUUAUAAUACACUGGGGGAAACCCUGUGACUUGUUUUCACAACAUUACCACCAUCUAACUCUCAUUCAACAGUGAAAUUUCUCUGACAGACUCUCAUCAGUUCUCUUCUGUGAUGCUUCUGAUAGACCUCAGCAGUGAAGCUAAAUAGCAAAUCAUGUGUGGCAGCAAGGAGAAAAUAAUAAACAUUUACAAAUUGGCAUUACUGAAUUAAAUGCCUUAUUUGGGGCGCUCAGAAUUUAGCCCCUACCAUUGUAGAUACCAGAACGUUUUUUGGGUCGCCAUGGUGAUAAAGUUGAUAUGACGACAAUGACAAUUAGACCAAAUUCUCCACUUUUCUCUCUGAGUAGACAAUGCAGAGGAUUUUACAGACGGUAAGGUACAGCUUCUCUUUCUCGUUUUGCUCUGCUUUUUUUGUUGUUGUUGUUGUUUACUUUCUAUGGUCAUCAGCUGCUAUCUUGUGAUUUUUGCUGAUAAUCAAAUUAUUGCCCUAUGUGAUUCAUGGCCUCAGCUUUGUUUUCAAAACAUUUCAAUCUCUCUAUUUGCGGGAUAUUAUAAUGGAGGUUCUGGUGUUUAACUUUUCCCUGGUAAAACUUCAGUCUGACCUUCAUGUUUUUUCUUAGAGAUCAAACAGUUGUCUUUAAUGCCAACAUUAACAGCAGCUUUUAUAGGUGCCUUGAAGACAUGUUAAGAUUUCUGGAUUUUUCUUUUAGCAUGUUGCAGUCUGCUUUCUGGGUGGACUUUCUUGGACAGCCAGACCUCUAUCGAUUACCCUUAGGAUGGACUCCACCUCCUGCCCACUGACUGCUGGAGAUACACCAGACCCAUGCAACGCUAAAAAUGUGUUGGAAAUACAAUUUUAAACCAACCAAAUACACGUGUGAGCCAUCAUCACUCCGAGACGCGCCGUGGCGCUAAAGUGGCAACCCACCGCCCCCUUGCAUCAGUGGAUAAUGCUCCGCAGAAGAAGCGGGGAAACGCAGGGGAAGGCUGACAUGAUAUUUGCGUCCGAGGGAGACCUCACUGGGACGGGACGGGUAACGCAAAGCAAACACCCUCGGAGGCUCGCCGUCAAGGAGUGACAUACAGUUUAGAUAAUGUACAAAGAUGGUGCCUUGUCAAACUCAUGUGUUGCUGAAGUGGCAGGAGCAUUUCAACAGUUCCUGGGCCGCAGAAGACAGCGUGCAGACGGCCAGGAGGCACGGGGUGGCCGGGCUCUACAAUAAGCUCCUUUACAACAAGGAAGUGGUGACUCUGGCUCAGCCUGUCCAAGAACUGGCCAGCCCGAGACUCCCCGACUUUGAGUGCGAAUCCAACACAUCAGCCGAGAAAGACGAGUACCUCUCGUCCCUGCUUCACAGCCAGCGAUGGCUGGCUCACCGCAUGCUGACGCAAACCUCCUACACCCUGGGCCUCCACCAAAGACUGGUAGUUCUGCAGAGGAUCUACUACGCACUUCACAGCAAAUAUCAUGACAAGUUUCGCCUGCAGCUGCCCUCGCAGUCCACGGACAGCGGGGCGGAGAGCGGGCCGAUUGAGCUGGCCUCAGAACCUCGUCUGCCGGGGGGAGUUUCCAAAAUCAAGUCUGGCACGGAUGUUCUGAUAGAAAUGGGUGUAAGGACGGGUCUGAGUCUGCUCUUCUCGUUGCUGCAGCAGAACUGGAGGUACGCGGCCUCUGUGCACCCGGAGUCUGUGCUUUGCAAUGACGUGCUCGCCACCGCGUCCUCCGUCCUGGCUUCGCUGCCACCGCUUUCUCUGGCCAACGAAAGUAAGAUCCCAUCGGUGGGCUUGGACUGCCUUGGACAAGUGGCUGACUUUCUGAAGAAGACGUCGGUGAGCAGCGGGAGCAGCGGGGCGGACCCGACUGGCCGGAGGCUGGCCCUGGAGCUGCUGCUUGGCCUGGGCAUGCAGAGAGGCUCCCUGAAAUUCCUGCUGGAGUGGGUGGAGGUAGCUUUGGCAGCCUCCAUGCCCUCCUCCACCGCGGCCCUGUCUUCCUCCUCCUCCUCACUGAGCUUUCAGCAAUCACCUGGCGUGGGCUUUGAACUUAUUCAGCAAACUCUUCUUCAGAUGAGGCAAUAUUCG